UCUGAAAGUCAUUUAGAACAACAAGUACUUGUAGCUCCUCGCAUUAUGAACCAAUUUCCCAUCAUAAAACUAAUCUUCCUAAAGCUGCUUGCUGUGAACUGUCAAGACAUCAGCACAGGUCGCAUCAUAGGAGGCUAUGUCCCUGCGCCUCAUUCAAUCAGGUACAUCGUGUCAAUACAGACGACAGGAGGGGCACACUUCUGUGGAGGAUCGUUAAUUAACAGAUAUUGGGUUUUGACGGCAGCCCACUGCAAUAUUGGAUGUGACCAGAUGAUAAUAGUUGCAGGAGACUAUUCACUUAAUACUUAUGACGGCACUGAGCAGUACUUUCAACCUCGGCGUAUGAUCUCUCAUCCACAAUACAACAACAAAACCAACAAUGCUGACAUCAUGCUCAUUAAGCUCAAGAGGCCGGUGAAACUCAAUGGCUAUGUUACGAUUGUGGCUCUGCCUCGCUACCAAGCUUCCCUUUCUGAAGGGCGUGUCUGCAGGGUGUCAGGGUGGGGCUACACCAGCACUGCAGGAGGACAGAUUCCCAACACACUGAGGACUGUCAAGCUACCCGUCGUAUCAUCCUCCUGGUGUAACAGCACAGAGGCUUUUAAUGGAAACAUUACACACAGCAUGAUCUGUGCCGGCUAUAGCUCAGGAGGCAAGGAUGCAUGUAAGGGGGACUCAGGCGGUCCGCUGGUUUGUGAAGGCCGGGUUUAUGGCAUUGUGUCCUGGGGAAACGGCUGCGCAGACCCCCGAUACCCUGGAGUCUACACAGCUGUGGCUGCAUUUAGAAGAUGGAUCGACAGAACUAUCUUCAGCUCCAAUGGCAGAUGUCCCCAGCAGUAGCUUAGUAUUUGUGUACUGUGAAAGUAAAGCGAUCCAGGAAACAGGUACAGGUUUCACUGAAGGGAAACAAAACGAUUGUAAAAAGCAACUCAGAAGGAUAACUCUGAACUGUGGCUUUUUACUAGGUGUAUAAUUACAUAACAAGUUUAAAAAAGGGAAAUUUCCCUACCUUGAAAAGCCUGCCCUGUUACUUUCUGCAAUUUUGUUUUAAAAUAAAGUGUUUUGUCAAGUGAACUUUUAUAUGGUUCUGUAGCAAAAUCCAGGGCAGAAAUGAAUUUAGGACUGCUUCCCAGUGUAAAAUAUAUUUCUAUCAUAUGUAUGCAGGCAAGCAUUGUGGGAACAAGUGUGUUCUUCUACUUGAUUCAGUACCAGUCUAGCACAUGAUGACAUUGGGAAGGUAUGCUCUGGGAUGUUUCCUAGCAACCUGAAAAAAAAAAUCUUAUGUUCUUAUGUACCUUAUCUUAAGAUCGGUUCAAAUAAGGAUCUGUGAAG